AUGGCCACCUUCUCAUCGAACAUCUUGCGCAAAUUUGCUAGAUUCUUUGCGCUCUUGUUGAAAUCUUCACUUCGUCGAGCAUGCUAUACGUUGCGAAUUUUCUAUGAUAUGCCCUACUCCCUAGGACGCAUGUGUAUUUGCCUCGACCAUGAUACCUCCUCAACUAGAAUCGGACUUCAAGAAGAGUUGCGCCCUGCAAUAUGUUCGAGCGGCCUGCCUACGACCCAUACACUCCCGACAGAUAUCCACCAGCCUGGUGACCGACCACAUAGCACGCUCGCAGUACCAGUGGAGAUUGCAUCUCCGCAGCAUCCAUUGUACCUGACGCCACCUUCACACCCCAAUUCCAGAAACGACCUUAGCAUAGAAACUGUAGAUGAUAUUCCAGUGUCAAAUGCCAGCUUUGACAGUGGACUACCUCAAAUCAUCCUAGAAAUGAACACAACAGGCGAGCCGCAAUUUGUAUUCUCGAGACAUGCCACCACGCGACCCGAGCGCCUCAAACUAGUACCAAUCAUACCGGCCGACGUCAAACGCUAUGAUAGAAACAUCAAAAUGAAAUGGGCUGAACCGAAUCGCUUCGUUAUCACUCCUAAAGACAACAAGGAGGUGCAAUGUGGGUGGCGCGACUUUGUGCACCCGGAAGGUCCCAGAGUUUAUUAUCACCACGAGACAGUUAGCACGUGUCCUGAGAUCGAUUUUUCAAAAUGCUCGUACACUUUAGAGAGAGUUUUCACGCAUGCAGACAUGCGCCUAGGCGUCGAUUCUAAGAAGCUCUUGGGGAUGGCUAAAACCCUGAAGGCUUAUGCAAAGAGUCAGCCAGACGUACAGGCCAGGAUCAGUGAUGAAACAGAAUUGGUGCUCGAGCUUAAGAUCGUAGGUGGUACUAACAUCAUCAAUUCUUGUGGCCACCAUUUCGUCGAUCACGUGGAGAGGGUGAUAUUUUGGGCGCAUCCGUAUACUUGCGAACCAUAUGGUGAGAUUCUGUCCAACGUCAAGGCAGCCAAGAAACUCAGUCAUAUGGGUAUUCAUUGGAAUCGCAAUACUGGCCAGUACCUCUUCAAGGUCGAGUUUCUCAGGGUCGGCGUCAAAAACGCAUUACCAUCACCCCUGAUUCCCCGGAAAUAAGUCGAACAGCUUGGAUUCUGAGAUUGAACAGGUUCGAAGUCCGGUGUGUAUAAAAUAAGUCACUUGAAGCCACGUUCGAGUUUCUCAGGCUGAACAGGUCAUACUGUAAUCGCAUGUGACUGGAAAGGGUGGUGUAAUUGAGUCAUACGGCAAGGAUUCCUAAGUUUUGAAAUCGCACCUGAGUGGAAUAGACUGAAGCCAUGGC